UUGUACUUUUGACCAUCUCCGGCAUUGCGGCAUUCUAUGGUUAAUCUGUUGCUACCAGAUGGCUCUUCAAACAUCCUGACAUUGUCCUGGGACCUAUGUCAGCAGCUCUGAGAAUUCUGAAACUCGAGCCUGUUUCAAGCUGGGGUGAGGGGCUUACUUGAAAUGGGGGCGCUUUGGUUCUUCACUACCCCACCCCGUGCCAGAGGAAAAGCUGUACUCAAGAAAGCAAGCAGAGGAGGAGACAGAGACAGGGUGCACGGAGUGUUGGUGACUGAGGAGAGCGGUUCUGGACCCCGUAAGAGGUUGGCAUUAUACACAGCCUAGUUGAGCUGAUUUGAAUAAAUGAAUGAAAUCUGCAUGGGCACGGAACUGGAAUUGACGGUGCCCCGGCUAAGGACAAUGACUGUAAAGAAUAUCCCUUGUUACACGAGAUGAAUAGGAGGAGCCUUGGGAUGCUUCCUCGGUCUUCCAGUAGGGUCUGGCAGGACGCCAAGCCAGGGGCUCAGGAAGGCACGAUCGUUUCCAUCCUAUCCCAGCCUUUGUCUUGGCUAAUGAUUCCCUUCACACACACACACACACACACACACACACACACACACACACACACACACAGCUGUCUUACCUUGCUGUGGCAAGGUGACUGGUUCAGAUGAGUUCUUCUCUCUCCAGCGUGUGAAACCUGUGGGGGUCUCACAGCACGUCCCCUUCAGGACACCACUGUAGCAGAAGUUGCUCUGGUCCCACCCGGUCCUGUAGCUGCUCAUGAAAUAAUCACUCAGAGGCUUAUAUUAAUUACCAACUGUAUGGCCUAUGGCAGACUUCUUACUAGCUAGCUCUUUCAUAUUAACCCAUUUCUGGCGCCUUAUCUCAGCUGGUCUGCCCGAGACCCCCUGAGCACGAACCCUAGUCCCCCGAGCGGCCCCAUUUCCACUCCGACAAGAUGAAAGAAACGAUCAUGAACCAGGAGAAGCUGGCCAAACUUCAGGCCCAAGUGCACAUUGGUGGAAAAGGAACUGCUCGCAGAAAGAAGAAGGUGGUUCACAGAACAGCCACAGCAGAUGGUAAAAAACUGCAGUUCUCCUUAAAGAAGUCAGGAGUGAACGAUAUCUCUGGUAUUGAAGAGGUGAACAUGUUUACAAACCAAGGAACAGUGAUCCGUUUUAACAACCCUAAAGUUCAGGCGUCUCUGGCGGCAAACACCUUCACCCUUACAGGCCACGCUGAGACAAAGCAGCUGACAGAAAUGCUUCCCAGCAUCCUCAACCAGCUCGGAGCGGACAGUCUGACUAGUUUAAGGAGACUGGCUGAAGCUCUGGCCAAACAAUCUGCGGAUGGAAAAGCACCACUUGCUACUGGAGAGGAGGAGGAUGAUGAUGAUGAAGUCCCAGAUCUGGUGGAGGAUUUUGAUGAGGCUUCUAAGAACGAGGCAAACUAAACUGACGCGACUUCUGAAGACGGUGGCACCUGCAGAAGUUACAGGAGCUGCUAUUUUAUAUCAUGGCUGCUUUUUAAAAUUCUUUUGUUUAUGGAUCUGAUAAAAUCUAGAUCGCUAAUAUUUUUAAGCCCGAGCCCCUUGGACACCGCAGCUCUUUCAGUUUUUGCUUAAAACACAAUUCAUUCUUUGCAGCAAAUUAAGCUGAAGAAGCCUGGGAAUAAAGUUUGGAAAAGGGUUAAUAAAAUUCUUUGCCUAGUAAAAAA